AAUUCUGUGUUACUAUCUUGACACAUGUGAAAACAAAUGUUUAUUUAUUAAAUUUUAUGCGCCUAAUAUGAGUACUUACAACCGGUUAAUACCAUGCCUGUGAAUUGGUUGGGCGGUGUUUUAUGCCCUUAACAAGCACAUAAUCAAGGUAGAUUAUGGCACCGUCCAUUUCGGCCCUUGGAAACAAAAACAAACUACGGCUUAAAAAUGCUUCUGCCAAAACCGAAAAUGCACCACCUUCAUAUGUGUCUGCUGUGCUUAAUUGCAUUAGCAAUAUUAUCCUAUUUCGUUCAUCAACGACCUUCGUGGGUAUCCGAAUUCAAGGAGGCUACCCCGCAGGGUUUUAACCAAGUACAAUCAUGGAAAACCCCUUUAUAUAUAGUGGUGGUUUGCUGUGGGCAAAGGGUACAGGAGACCCUUGUUAUGAUCAAAUCGGCUAUUCUAUUUAACUACGACCAGGAGUAUCUUAAGUUUGUGAUUUUUACUGAGGACGGAAAGGGCGAGGAGUUUAGAGAAAAGUUAACAGACUGGCGCGACAUCAAACCAUUUACAUUUGAUUUCGAGAUCUUACCCUUAAAGUUCCCAACGAAUAACGAAGUCGAAUGGAAAAAUCUCUUCAAGCCCUGUGCAGCUCAGCGUUUAUUUUUACCGUCCUUGCUAACGAAGGUGGAUUCAUUGUUGUAUGUUGACACUGACAUUCUGUUUCUGUCACCGAUAUCGGAUAUCUGGCAUUAUUUCAAAAAAUUCAAUGAGAGCCAAAUCUCUGCCCUGACGCCGGAACACGAAAACGAAAACAUCGGCUGGUACAACCGAUUUGCCAGGCACCCGUUUUACGGCCGAUUGGGAGUUAACUCUGGUGUCAUGCUUAUGAACCUCACUCGAAUGAGAGAAAUGAAAUGGGAGCAACAUAUCUUGUCCAUACAUAAGGAGUACAAACUACGUAUCAUUUGGGGGGAUCAGGACAUAAUUAAUAUUUUAUUUUACUACCAUCCUGACAAACUGUACAUCAUGCCGUGCGAAUAUAACUACCGUCCAGACCACUGCAUGUAUAUGAGCAUUUGCAACAUGACACAUGCCGGUGUAAAAUUAAUUCAUGGAAAUCGAGGAUAUUUCCAUUCAGAUAGGCAGCCGCUUUUUAAGUCCAUUUACGAAGCUAUGGAGAACUAUCAAUUGGGCUCUAAUGCCAACACCCAGUUUUUAAUGCCUCUACGUGAAGCACUGAAUACAGAAACCGCCUCGACCUGCGGAAAAAUAUCGAAUGAAGUUUUAAAGGGAGCAAAAAAAGUCUUAAGUAACAGGUACAUGGAUGUAUAA